AUGGGCCACUGUUCAAAUCCCAGUUGCCGUUACGCCCAUUCCGUGGACGAGCUUCGGGUUGCGCCCAAUUUGCUGAAGAGCAAGAUGUGCUCCUUUUUUCUAGACGGUCGCUGUGUUGUGGGCAAGGCGUGCCGUUUUGCUCAUAGUGUGCAGGAACUGUCCCAAUCCGCAGUGCGAUUGCUCAGUGCCACCGAAGAUGCUCCUCGACCAGCCGGAACCCGGAAGGAGGCAGUGCAGGCCUUCCAGAACGGACCUCGUCCAUUGGGCCUGGUCGCUGAUACCAAGCUCUCGCUGCGGCAGCAGUUUGCCUUGUCCAAAGUGGAGGCGGUGCUGAUGGGAAAGGCGGGCGGCUUCGGCCAGGUUGUCGUGGCAGCCUCCUGGGAAGACGAUUUGCAGGAAGCCUCCUGGGAAAAUCUGGGCAUUCGCGGCAGCCCCGUGGCUGCCAUUCCUUUUUCGCAGGACUCGGGCGAGGCUGUUUCCUCCCUGAAACAGAGGACUUCAGGUCGCCCUCCACGGUCUCCCAGAGGUGAACAGAAGCGACCUAGGGUGCCCAGGGGGUUGGUGGACACUCUUGCAGACUUAGAUGAGUUCCCCACCGCCGUGAUUUCGUUUGCUGACCCGGUUUGGAACGGUAACACUAUGGCACGAAUCUGGGAUGGAAGGUCCACCUCCGCAUCAAGCCUUCCGGACAAGGGCUCCGAGAAAUGUGUUCUUGCUGGGAUCCCCUAUGAGGAGAGCAUGCCAUGCAGUAAGGUGAAUACAAGUCCUGGCCUGGAAUCCUGGAGCCUCUGUGGUCGACAUGUUUUUGUGCAGAAGAAACGCCCCAUCCGGCUAGACAUCGAGGAGGCUAUGGAAGUGUGCCGUCCAGGCUCUGACAAGUUCGAGCAGUUGCAAUUGGUGAAAAUCCACCAGCGGCAAAGGGCUCGCGGCCGGAGUGAGGAUCCAAUGCGGCGGACGCGCAGAGCGAGCGCUGCACCCCACAGCACAAAAGGCGCUGAGUGUUCUUUCCGAAGGGAGAACAGCCGUUGUUGCGGCGCUGAGCCUGCCCGAGCUGCAGAACGCUCAGAUGGGAGCCAACCCGCAGCGCGAUCGGAGGGAAAUUUAUCACAGGCCAGUCGUGCCGAUCGCAGAGAACUAUCAGAGCAGUCCUGCUUGCUGUGCCAACGCGAGCCCGUUCCGGGCUGCAGUUCGCAAACCACGCCGGGACAGCCCUGCGCCGCCUGCAACUGCGGACUCCGAGUUUUCCAGCACAACACCUUCCUGACUGUGGCAGAAGAGGAAGACGAGGAAUUCCAAGACCUUCCGAUUCGAAGAACAAAGAGCAUGUGAUCCAUGCAAUAGGCCAAGCCUGGUUUUAGAGCGGGCCGGGGCUGAGCCGUGCCAUGCUUCGAACCUUUGCAUCUUUAGUUAGUUUUUUUCCCGGUUCUGAGGGAAGAAUCGAGGAUAACAU